AUGGGGACUUAUAGAAAGCGGUUCAAUGAGAAGGCGCGGUCGGGAAUGCUUGCCAAGCAAGCGGCUUUGAAAAAGGUCAGACAGAAGCAAUUUAAUCGAGAAGAUGAGAUAGAUUCUCCAGUAGAAGUUGCAACUAAUGAACCAUCACAACAAUUAGAAAAUUCCAAUGCAGAGAUUUUACAACCAGUGACUAAAGAAGAGAAAGAGGAAAGAAAGAGAAAAUUGGAAGAAUCUUUAUUUGGCCAUAAUAAAGAAACUAAAAUGUCCCGAAAUAAGAAGAAGAGAUUAGAUAAGUAUAUUGAACAUCAAUUAAAGAGAGAAGAGAAGAAGACAUUAUUUGAAAAAUUAUCUAAGACUAAAGUAGAUACUUCAUUAUUUGCCCAAUCUAAGGAAUUGGGUAAGGGGAAACAGACCAGACGUGAAGAAAUGGUUGAAGCUUUGGAAUUGGAGAGACAAGGUAGAGGUGAUGAACAUACUAAAGAGAUCUUAUAUGAGGAAAGACAAGUAGCUGAAUGGCCACAAGAUGAAACAAAUGAUAUGUUUAAUAAUUCAGUCGGUGGAUCAGAUGACGAAGAAGAAGGUCAUGAUGAUGAAGAUGAAUUAGAUAAAUUUGGAGACUUUUCUCAAUCAUCCUCAUUUGUUGAUAAUAGGCCGUCUAAAUUUGGAGGUAGUGGAGUUGGAUUCGGAUUUGCCAAUUUAGCUAAAGUAGACAAGAAGCCCAAAGGAGCAGCUUCUCAUAAAAAAUAUACUUGGAGAUUAAAGGUAGAUCAGGAAGAGAAAAAGAGGAAUAAGAUUGAGGAUGAAAAUGAUUUCUUGAGUAGUGAAGAGGAGGAAGAAGAAGAGGAGGAAGAAGAAGAGGAGGAAGCAGAAGGGGAAAGCGAAGAGGAAGAAGAGGAGGAGGAAGACAUAGGCAACGAUGAAGAAGUAUCGGAUGCAGCUGAAGUUGAUGAAGAAGAAGACAAUGAAGACGAGGAAGAUGAUGAGGAAGAUGACGAAGAAGAAGAUGACGAAGACAGUGAAACCGAAGAUGAAGAAGAUUUACCAAGACUCUUACAAACCAAACCAAAGCAUUCAGAUGUCGCUCAAUCUUUCAAAGAAUGGGCCGAACAACAAGUAAGAAAGAUGGAAGGUCGUGACGUUGAGAUGACAAUGCCAGAAUUAUCUGAAGAAGCCAAAAAGGGGUUAAGCCAUACUAUUCAUGAAGAAGAUAUCGACCACUCAUCGGAUGAAGAAGGCUAUAUUCCCAUCAAUAAAGAUUUACAAAGAGAAGCAUUUUAUGUAGAUGUAACUCGAUCAGAACAGAUUCAACAACAAAGAAUGCAUUUACCAGUAUUUGGAGAAGAACAUAGAAUUAUGGAAGCCAUAUAUCAUCAUGAUUGUGUUAUAAUAUGUGGUGAAACUGGUUCAGGUAAGACUACUCAAGUCCCACAAUUCUUAUAUGAAGCAGGAUUUGGAAAUCAUGAAAAUAAAAUAUAUCCAGGAAUGAUUGGUAUAACUCAACCUAGAAGAGUUGCAGCCGUAUCUAUGGCCGAAAGAGUUGGAAAUGAAUUAGGAGAUCAUAAAGGAAGGGUUGGUUAUCAAAUUCGAUUUGAUACAACCAUAAAAGAUGAAGGUAAACCCAAUGGAACGGCUAUGAAAUUCAUGACUGAUGGGGUAUUAUUAAGGGAAAUGAUGAGUGAUUUUAUGUUAAAUAAAUAUUCAGUAAUUAUAAUUGAUGAAGCUCAUGAAAGAAAUAUUAAUACUGAUAUUUUAAUUGGAAUGUUAAGUAGAGUAUUGAAAUUAAGAAGAAAUUAUUAUGAAAGGGAUCCUCUGAAAUAUAAACCUUUAAAAUUAAUAAUUAUGUCGGCUACUUUAAGAGUGUCUGAUUUUUCAGAAAAUUCGCAGCUAUUUAAAGUUCCACCCCCUAUUUUAAAAGUUGACGCCAGACAAUAUCCUGUUAGUGUACAUUUUAAUAAGAAGACACAUUUUGAAUAUCAAGAUGAAGCAUUCAGAAAGGCAAUUAAAAUUCAUAAGAAAUUACCUCCUGGUGGUAUACUUAUAUUUAUGACUGGUCAACAAGAAAUCACAUCUUUAGUUAAACGGUUAAGAUCGGAAUUCCCAUUUGCUAAGAAAUCAAAAGUACCUGUCUAUGAAUCAACUUCAGCAAAUAUAAAGAGUUCAGUUCAGAAUGAUUUUGAAGCUGAAGAAAUUGAUUUUAGUGUUAAAGUAGAAGUACUUAAUGAGAAUGAUGGUGCCAGUGACAGUGAUGAUGAUAAUGAAGAUGAUUCUGAUAACGAAGAAGGAUUUGAUGAGGAAAGAGAAGAUCAUCAAACUGAUGAUGAUCCCUUAUAUGUCUUACCUCUUUAUUCCUUGUUACCUACCAAACAACAAAUGAAAGUAUUUGAAGAUCCUCCAAAGGGUAGUCGAUUAUGUGUUGUGGCCACCAAUGUAGCAGAAACUUCAUUAACUAUUCCUGGAAUUAGAUAUGUUAUUGAUUGUGGUAGAGCCAAAGAAAGAAGAUAUAAUGAAGAGAAUGGAGUUCAAUCUUUUGAGAUCGAUUGGAUAUCAAAGGCAUCAUCGGAUCAAAGAUCUGGUAGAGCUGGUAGAACUGGUCCAGGUCAUUGUUACCGAUUAUUUUCUUCAGCCAUAUAUGAGAAUUACUUCCCACAAUUCAGUAAACCUGAGAUUCUUAGAAUGCCAUUUGAAAGUAUCGUAUUAUCUAUGAAGAGUAUGGGGAUUGAUCAAAUAUCCAAUUUCCCUUUCCCCACUCCUCCCGAUAGAAGUUCACUUGUAAAAGCUGAAAGAUUAUUAACUAUAUUAGGAGCAUUAGAUGUAGAAAAGAAAACUAUAACUGAAUUAGGAAGAACUAUGUCACUCUUCCCAUUAAGUCCAAGAUUUGCUAAAAUCCUUAUAGUAGGAAAUCAAUUUGGAUGUCUUCCUUAUAUAGUUGCCAUAGUUUCAGCAUUAUCCGUUGGAGAUCCUUUCAUAGGAGAAAAUGAACUUGGAAUAUCUAACAAUAAUAACAAUAAUGAUGAUGAUGAUGAUGACAAUGGUCAUGGACAUGAAGAUCUGGAAGAAGAAUCAAAGAAAUUAAGAACUAAAUUCUAUCAAUCCAGAGCCCAAUUUUCUAGAUUAGAUUCAACAAGUGAUGGAUUAAUGCUUUUAUCAGCUGUAUGUGCUUUUGAUCAUGUUCCAGAAAGUAAAAGAUCAACCUUUUUAGCGGGGAAUUUCUUAAGAGGUAAAGUUAUGGAAGAAAUAUCCAAGUUGAGAAAACAAGUUAGUUACAUUGUCAAAAUUUCUACAUCAAAGGAUUCUAUUUCACAACAAUCAUCAGAAUCUGAUUCAAAAUUGGGAGUUCCUGAUAAAAAGCAAUUAUCAGCCAUCAAGCAAAUGAUAGCUUCGGGAUUUAUAGAUCAAAUUGCUAUUAGAGGAGAUUUAAUUUCUUCUGAUGUUAGUAUUCCUAAUAAGACUCAUGUUUCUAAUAUUCCUUAUAAAACCAUUUUCCCUAUUCAUGGAAGUAAUUUUGAAAUGGAAGAAUUUGUAUAUAUCCAUCCUAAUUCAAUACUUACUAAAUCUGGUCAAAUGCCAGGAAAUUAUUUGGUUUAUCAAACAUUAAGUACUGGCAAUAAUACUAAAGAAGGAGUAGCUAUGAAAGUUAGAAUGAAACCUUUGGUAGAGAUUAAAGGUAAACAGUUGACUAGUAUUUCUAAGAAUUCUCCUCUUUUAACAUAUUCCAAACCUCUUGGACAUCCUUAUGCUCCAAAGAAUAUUACUCCUACUAAACGAGAAUGUUAUGUUGUACCAAGAUUUGGUGCAGCUAUAGGUUCUGGAGGGGUAGGCUGGGAUUUACCGGCAAUUAAAGUAAUCCAAGAGAAGAGAGAUGGUAAUUGGAUUAUUGAAAAGCAUAUAAUUUAGCAUUAUUUAUAGGAUAUAAUAAACAAUUACUUAAUAGAUAGUUAACUUA